UGUUCCGGGAACAGAAUCUGUGGCUUUGUUACUCCAUGUCCACUGAUGCGAGUUUGUCAAAUCCUGGGUGAUAUUUCAUGUGAGAAGUGUAAAUUCCUCACAGUCUGUCUGACAGCUAUUAAACAGAUAAAAUCAAACUGGAAAAUUCACUGGCAGCACUUUAACACAGGCAAGGAAGUCAGAAUUGUACUGAGUUAGUGUUUUUUAUGGAUUGCUGCUCUGGCAGCUGGGACAUUAAAUUCAUUUAUUAAAGACCGGGUAGCAAAAUUGCACCUUGCAGUGCAGACGUCUGCUGGAAGAAAAUUGUCUGGUGCUUGCUCUUCAGGCAUACUGUUAAAACUUCUCUGCAAGGAUUAGUGACAAGGAUGCAAGGAAGAAAAUUGUGCUUGGCUAAGACAUCUCAUGUGAGACAAACUCCUUUUCUGCCAUUGGCCCUUAGUGUUUCACUUUUAGUUGGGCAUCUUGCUGUAAGCAUAUCACAGGAUCUUGUUCCUCCUUCCAAUAGCCUUGAAGAACCAUCAGACAUUACUGCUUUCUGGUGGGGAGAGUGGACUAAAUGGACAGCUUGCACAAGGACCUGUGGAGCAGGGGUCAAAUCCCAGGAAAGACAUUGUCUUAGACAAAGAAAGAAAUCAGUUACAGGGGUAACUAAUAAAACGUGCACUGGUACAUCCAAAAGAUAUCAGCUCUGCAAUAUCCAGAGCUGCCCCCUUAAUGGAAGAAGUUUUCGUGAAGAGCAAUGCAUAUCCUUUAAUUCUCAUGUAUACAAUGGAAGAACAUAUCAAUGGAAGCCUUUAUAUCCUGAUGAUUACAUCCACAUUUCCAGCAAACCCUGUGACCUUCAUUGUACUACAGUGGAUGGGCAAAGACAAUUAAUGGUUCAAGCUAGAGAUGGCACUUCUUGUAAAUACAAUAAUUAUCGAGGGGUCUGCGUUGCUGGAAGAUGUGAGCCAAUUGGAUGUGAUGGAGUUUUGUUUUCCACCCACACUGUGGAUAAAUGUGGAGUUUGCCAAGGUGAUGGAAGUAGCUGCCUUCGUGUUACUGGGAAUUACAGAAAAGGAAGUUCUCAUCUUGGUUAUUCUCUGGUAACACACAUUUCUGCUGGUGCAAGGGAUAUCCAAAUUAUAGAAAGGAAGAAGUCUGCAGAUGUGUUAGCUAUUGCCGAUGAGAUGGGGCAUUUCUUCUUCAACGGAAAUUAUAAAGUAGACAGUCCAAAGAACUUCAACAUUGCAGGGACUAUUUUUAAAUACAGAAGGCCAAUGGAUGUCCAUGAGACAGGAUUUGAGUACAUCGUUGCACAAGGGCCAACAGACCAAGGACUUAAUAUCAUGGUAUGGAACCAGAAUGGGAAAACGCCACUUAUAACAUACGAGUACACAAUCCUAAGGGACCCAAACUCCAAGAACAUUCAGCCUGUCUACUACACUUUUACAGACACUGAGUCAGAUAUUGAAGAGGGAAAAGUUUUGGAAGAAAGUGAGACCAUGGUUCUGCAUCAACACAAUACAACUUUCUAUGAAACAAUGUCAAAGGAAAAUGUUGAUUUGGAAAACCGAGUAUUAGGAGAAGAACAGAUCAGUGAAGAAAUCAAUCUAAGUAAAGCUCAGGAGACUAAUGAGAUAUAUGAAGAAGCUGAGUUUAUAAACUGCCAAACAGAACUGCUGAAAAAGGAACGCUAUAAAGAAUCAAAUGCAUCCAUGCUAAUACUGGAUAACGAUAGAAGUGAAAGUACUGAAGAUUUAGUUUCAAAGCUAAUUGCACAAGAUUUUAUUUAUGAUUCCAAAGAUGUGAUCACUAACAGACUGACUGAUGAGAAUGCUGAUUCUAAAGAACAGGUGUUAAAUAUGACUUCAAAUAUUAUAUUUCCUAAAGGACAGUCAGCAAGUUCUGUAGAACUGAAUACAGAGCACCUUUAUGUUAAUUACGAAGAGAAUGAAGACAUUGCUAUGUACCGAAUAAAUGGCACACUUUUAGAAUUUAGCAGUGACAAUGCUCAAAACGUUUCAGGAGAGCAGCAGAACUCAACAGAAAGCCCUACCACUAGCCUGCAGCAGACAAGCAGAGUAACAAAAAACAGGAACAGACAGAAAUUCCCCAAGAAAGGUCCUGGUGUUAGCUCUGUUGAUAUGUAUCGUUGGAAGCUUUCCUCUCUUGAACCUUGCAGUUCCACCUGCACUACAGGCGUGGCAGCUGCGUAUGCCCUGUGUGUUCAGUAUGAUGGCACUGAAGUAGAUGAAUCGAACUGUGACCCUUCAACCCGUCCUGAGCCCAUCCACGACCUUUGUAUUGGAAGAGAAUGCCAGCCAAGGUGGGAGACGAGUAGUUGGAGUGAAUGUUCCCGCACCUGUGGGGAAGGACAUCAGUUUAGGAUUGUUCGAUGUUGGAAGAUGAUCUCUCCUGGGUUUGAUAGUUCUGUUUACAGUGAGCUGUGUGAAUCAGCCGGGCUUUCCAAACCACCAGAAUAUAAAAUCUGCAAAAACCCAGCUUGUGGACCUCAGUGGGAAAUGUCCGAAUGGUCAGAGUGCUUGGCAAAAUGUGAAGAAGAUGGUAUUAUGACAAGGGAAGUCCGUUGCUCUGAAGAGGAUAACAUAUGCGAUCCUGAAACAAAACCCCCUGCUGAAAAGAAUUGUACAGGACCUCCUUGUGACCGACGUUGGACUGUUUCAGAAUGGGGACCAUGUGAUGGUUCCUGUGGAAAUGGAAAAAUGAUUAGGCAUGUUUACUGCAAAACUUCUGAUGGCAGAGUUGUUCCAGAAUCUCAGUGUGGACUAGAGACAAAACCACUUGCAGUACAUCCAUGUGGUGAGAAAAACUGCCCUCCAGAAUGGCUAGCUCAAGACUGGGAAAAGUGCAAUGCAACCUGUGGGCGGGGAGUGAAGAAGAGGAUAGUUCUUUGCAUGGAGAUUGUAAAUGGAAAAAUUAAAAGACUAAAUCCUUCAGAGUGUGACAUCAUCAAAAAGCCAAGUGAAGAGACAACAUGCUUUGAAAGACCCUGCUUUAAAUGGUAUACAACUCCAUGGUCUGAGUGCAGCAAAACGUGUGGCAUUGGAGUUCGAAUGCGGGAUGUAAAAUGUUACCAAAGAAAGACUAUUGUACGGGGAUGUGACCCACUUGUAAAGCCUGUUUCUAAGCAAACAUGUGACCUUCAGCCUUGCCCCACAGAUCUUCCAGAUGAAAAUUGUCAAGAUCAGCUUGGAACUAACUGUUCACUGGCACUAAAAGUGAAUCUCUGUGGUCACUGGUAUUACAGCAAUGCCUGCUGUAGGUCAUGCAGAGCUGUACGUGCCUAACAUGUUGUAUGUGAGUAACACCAAAUAAAAAGGACUGAAUAUUUCUGAAUGGACUAAAAGGGGCUGUUUCAUUAUUACUUCCUGAAGAAGAGAAGGGAGGAUCAGAAAUACACACCUCCUAUAUCAUACAUCUUAUGUGUUAAAAUAAAUUAUGUCCUGACAUCAAGAGACAAGUAAUGAAUAUUCUGUGGAAUACAGUAGCUCUAUUUAAAUGCAAUGUGAUAGUUUAUAUAAUAACAUUAAACCUAAUUUAGGUACCAUGUUUUGCACAAUUUUUUUCAACAAUCCAUUCUGUUUUUGACGAUUAUUUUUCUCUUUCUGAUGAGGAAUAGAUUUAUGUCUGCCCAUCCCACCAAAAUCAUUCACUAAUUAUGUUUUCUUUCUUGUUGCAUCAUUACAACUGUGUUCAUAUAAACCAACAAAAAGAGCUAUACCUGAGUAUACAGGUGGCUUUUCAGAGUUUUAUGCAGCACAUGCAAAAAUAACAUUACCAAUGACUAAGCAAGUUGCCACCAUCAUAAAAUACUGAUGUAAAGAAAUCAAUCUCUGGA